CUCCUCCGCGUCCUCCGCCUGACACCGCCCACUGCACAGCUCGCUCCCGCCUGAGACACACCCACAGGCAACCGACCCACCUUCCAUUUCUCUAUCGUCCUCGUCGAUUCGGUGGGAAUCGACUGAUCAACCGGCCAUGCGAGGCCACGACAGGAUCAACAACUGCCUCCCGGACGAGCUGAUGGUCGAGAUCUUCAAGCGGCUGGACUCGAAGUCGACCCGCGACGCCUGCUCCCUCGUCUGCAAGCGGUGGCUCGGCCUCGAGCGGCUCACCCGCACCACCCUCCGCGUCGGCGCGUCCGGCGCCUCCGAACUCUUCUUCAAGCUCCUCUCCCGCCGCUUCACCAACGUGAAGAACGUACACGUCGACGAGCGCCUCUCCAUUUCCGUACCGGUUCGACUCGGAAGAAGACAUCUCAAUGAUCAGUUUGCAGAUGCAGCACUUCUAUUUCUUAGGUCGCAUGAUGAAACUGAGAGAAGCAAUGUUGCAGACGUAGUUGAGUCUUAUUCACUGUCAGAUGGUGGAUUGGCUGUUCUUGGUGAAGGUUUUCCGAAUCUGGAGAAGUUAAGCUUAAUCUGGUGCUCCCACAUCUCAAAUGCGGGGUUAAGAUCCCUUGCUGAGAGUUGUAUGUCCUUGAAAUCUUUGGACUUGCAGGGUUGCUAUGUUGGAGAUCAAGGCUUAGCUGCUGUUGGAGAGUGUUGCAAGCAACUUGAAGAGUUGAAUUUGCGGUUUUGUGAGGGCUUGACUGACAAGGGGUUGGUUGAAUUAACUGCUCGGUGUGGGAGAUCACUAAAAUCUCUCGGUAUUGCUGCCUGUGCAAAAAUAACAGAUGCUUCCCUAGAAGCAGUGAGCUCUCACUGUCAAUAUCUUGAGACAUUGUCAUUGGAUUCUGAGUUCAUGCACGAUAGUGGGCUUCUUGCUGUGGCCAGAGGAUGCCAUUUUUUGAAGGUCUUGAAGCUUCAUUGUGUAAAUGUUACAGAUGAAACCCUGAGGACUGUAGGCAGGUGCUGUUUGUCAUUGGAGGAGCUAGCUCUAAACAGUUUCCGGAGAUUCACUGAUAUGGGUUUACACUCGGUUGGGAAUGGGUGUAAAAGUUUGAAGAGUCUAACUCUGACCGACUGCAAUUUCCUCACGGACAGUGGUUUGGGAAUAGUUGCAACUGGUUGCAAACAGCUUACUCAUCUUGAAGUGAAUGGUUGCCAUGGCAUUGGGACUGUUGGACUGGAGUCAGUUGGGAAGUCUUGCUCGAAUCUCACUGAGUUGGCUUUGCUAUACUGCCAAAGAAUUGGCGCCCGUGCACUUCUUGAAAUUGGUAGGGGCUGUAAAUUUUUGCAAGCUCUUCACUUGGUCGAUUGCUCCAACAUAGGAGACGAAGCAAUUAUCAGUAUAGCCAAAGGCUGCAUCAAUUUGAGGAGACUUCAUAUUCGCCGAUGCUAUCAGAUUGGUGACAAGGCAAUUGUUGCGGUUGGUCGGCAUUGCAAGGCUCUGACAGAUCUAAGCCUUCGUUUUUGUGAUAGAGUUGGCGAUAGGGGCCUAAUUGCUAUUGGGAAGGGUUGCAACUUAACUGAUUUAAAUGUCAGUGGCUGUCAUCAGAUUGGUGAUUCUGGAAUUAUAGCCAUUGCAAGAGGUUGUCCUCAGCUCCGCUCCCUUGAUGUUAGUGUCCUUCAGAAAUUGGGGGACAUGGUGAUGGCGAAGCUAGGAGAAGGGUGUCCCUUGCUCAGAGAGAUAAUCAUUUCUCACUGCCGCCACAUAACGGAUGCUGGUCUGUCCCAUCUGGUCAAAAACUGCAGCAUGCUUGAAACGUGCCACAUGGUUUAUUGCCAUGGCAUAACCUCGGCAGGGGUUGCGACUGUGAUUUCCAGCUGCCCCAACAUCAAGAAGGUCCUGGUGGAGAAGUCCAAGGUCAGCGAGAGAACCAGACGCAGGGCUGGGUCGGUGAUCUCCUACCUGUGUGUGGACCUUUAGAAAGAGAAGGGGCUCUCUAUGGAAAGUUCAGAUCUUUCUUUAAUUUAAUCUUUUUUCCAGAGUUCCUGGGGACAUGCAUUUUCUGGGUUGUGAACUCUGUUGAUAUUUUUCUUUCAGGCGCCAUAGCUUUCUAAUUAGGUUUUAAUUAGCCGAAGUGGAAAGAAACGUAAGGUUAUUUUGGUGUUUUCAAAUGUCUGCAUGCAUGUAAGACUAAAUAGAUUUGUUGCAUGCUGUUCUUAAUAAGGUGGAGUCUUCUGAAUUUCAAUGACAGAGAAAAGCAAGACGAGAAGUCGCAUUGGACGGUU